CAUCCGCCAUGUCCUCCUCAAGUCUAAUUAAGCACCGUUACGUGAUCUGCGUACUAAACAAAAACAAUGACAAUGCCGAUACCUGUCCUUUUUUCAUGCCGGGGGAUGCAGAUGUUGAUGCUUUAUGGCGAGAAAUUCAUGACCAUCCGCGCUACAAAGGUGCCCUGGAGCACUCGACGCUAACGCUAUACAAGCCUGACAAUCUAGAUAUUGAGCCAUCAGAGAAACUUCGUGAACGUGCCUGGGAUUGGCUUCGCAAAGAUCCACCGCGUAAUCCAAUGCAGCCUGCACUUUCUCUUGCGGACUAUUUUCCCAGCGGGCCUGCACGUAGGGAGGAGAAAAAAAUUGAUAUUGUAGUUGUGGCUGAAUCAACGGUCGUUCCGGCCAAACGCUCGCAUCCUACUGAAGAAGAACCCUCUGAGGCAGGUGACAGGUCUAUUAAAAAGCUUGGGGAAAAGGAAGAAGACAUUGAGUCUGGACUGUUAUUCAAUAUAUACAACUAUCUCUGGGGUCGAGAAGAUCUAUUGUCGACGAUCCGUAGAGAGACGAAAGAAAAGGUGCCGGAUGAGGGAUCAGUGUCGGACGAGGGAUCAGUGUCGGACGAGGAAUUAGUCCCUGUUACUUUUUUCGAUCUGACACUCCUGCCGUUUUGGCACGCUGAAUAUCAGACAAGCGAUAAAAUUUUACCGUUCGCGACGCACUUUAUGAUCCGGGACGAGUACGAAAAGCUUGAUGAAUUCGUCGCAGAACAUAAGAAUGAUCACAUAUUGCUAAUCGGACAACCUGGCAUAGGAAAAACUGUAUAUCUGACCUACUGUCUUUUGUGUCGACUUACUGAGAAGAAACGGACGGUUUUGAUGUACGACCCGGACAAGUGUUAUUUAUUCCAGGACGAAGGUGUUUACCGACUUCCACUGGAUUUGUUCAAACGUACCGAUAAUCAUCUGAUUGUACAACGAGCCAGCGAGACACUGUUCCUAUAUGACUGCAACGAGAGUCAGACAGUAGUAAAGCGGAGUCGUGCCGGGGUGAAAUUACUGGUUACAACGUCCCCUAGGCGGUCACGAUAUGCUGGAUUUCAGAAACAGGCCUAUCCGUCGAGUUUUAUUAUGCAAACGUGGACGUGGACCGAGAUUUAUUUGUCUCGCUGCAUGGCUAAACAGCAGCGU